CCGCAAGCAACGCCAAUCCGAAUCGCAGCAAUGGGCAAGAAGUUUAGAGGCAAGAAUCGACGUGGCGGCGGUGGCGGUGGCCGCGGCGGUGCCUCGCACAAUGGCGGCUGGCGCGACUUUGGCGUCAUCGUCAAGGAGAACGAGAGGCUCCAGGAAUACUACGAUACUCUGCUGCAGCUACCGGAAGAGGAGAAGCAGCAGUAUUGGGAUGCGCUGAAGCGCGAACUGCCCAAUAGCUUCCGCUUCUGCGGCUCCAAAGGACACGCCCUCGCCGUCAAGAGGCUCCUGCAGACGAGAUACAUUCCCGAGAUUGUCAAGAUAGAGCACCAGGAUGGUCGACCUGUCGAACCGCCCAAGCCCGUCCCGUGGUACCCCGACGAGCUCGCGUGGUGGAUGACGACGCCCAAGAACGUCGUCCGUAAGUUCCCUCCCUUCGCCGCCUUCCAAAAGUUCCUCGUGUCCGAGACCAGCGUCGGAAACAUUAGUCGCCAGGAGGUCGUCAGCAUGAUCCCACCCUGGCUGAUGGAUCUCCGACCGGGCAUGGCCGUCCUAGACAUGUGCGCCGCGCCAGGAAGCAAGUCCGCGCAGCUUCUCGAGAUGCUCCAUCGAGGUGAGGAGGCGCGCGUUAGGAAGGUCUUGCGGUCGUUUGCCAAAGAGGACGGCCUCGAGCUCGGCGAAGAGACCCAGGAAGAAAUCGAGGCUGAUCUCGAAGCCGACCCGUCCGACAAUGGCAGGGCGACUGGCCUCUUGAUCGCCAACGACUCAGACUACAAGCGCGGCCACAUGUUGGUCCACCAGUUGAAGCGUCUGUCCUCACCUAACCUCCUCGUGACGAACCACGAUGCUACCCAGUUCCCUUCUAUCCGGCUGCCGCCCAAGGAGGAUUCGCCGACGAAGCCCCGCUAUCUCAAAUUCGACCGAAUCCUCGCUGAUGUUCCCUGCUCCGGAGACGGCACGAUGCGGAAGAACGCCAACCUGUGGAAAGAUUGGAAUCCCGGCAAUGCGCUCGGACUGCAUCAGACACAGAUCCGCAUCUUGGUUCGUGCUCUGCAGCUGCUGAAGGUUGGCGGACGCGUUGUCUACUCUACCUGCAGCAUGAACCCCGUCGAGAACGAAUCCGUUGUUGCCUCCGCCAUUGAGAGGUGUGGUGGCGCAGAAACCAUCGAGAUCGUGGACAAUAGCGACCAGCUCCAAGGUCUGAAGCGAGUGCCAGGCAUGCGAAAGUGGAAAAUCAUGGACAAGUCCGGUCGUAUGUGGGACUCCUGGGAAGAGGUGGAGAAGUUCGCGAACGACGAAAACGAGGGCGUCAUCCCGGGACGUGUUGUGCAGACCAUGUUUCCCAAGGUUGAAGGUACCGAGUGUCACGACCUACCCCUGGAGCGCUGCAUGAGAGUCUAUCCACACCUGCAGGACACUGGCGGCUUCUUCAUCACCGUCCUCGAGAAGAAGACCGACUUCAAGGCCAAGAACGAGAACGAGCCCAAGCAAGCGCCGGCCAGCGUGCCUGUCAAGGCCAGCAGUGUUGAGACGGCCACGGAUGCAGAGAAGAGCGCGGCCGCUGCGGAACCCGAAGAGAAGGCGACCAAGCCAGAAGAAUCUGUUACCAAAGUAGAGAGCGCUGCCGAGAGCGAGGUGCCUACGAAUGGCGGCAAGAGGGCACUGGAGGAUACCGACGACACAGAGCAGCAAGCGACCAAAAAGGCCAAGACUGAGGAGAGUUCGGCGGCUGCGACGCCGGUCGCUCAGCAGCAGCAGCAGCCCGAAGCUGGCGGCAAACAAAAGAAGCAAGGGCCGCCCGAAGAGCCGUUUAAGUAUCUUGACCCGUCCCACGACGUCAUUCAGAACAUCAAGAAGUUCUACAGCAUUUCUACUCGCUUCCCCGAUAAUCGAUACAUGGUUCGGAACGAGUUGGGCGAGCCGGCCAAGGCCAUCUACUACACCACCGCCUUAACGAGAGAUAUCCUGACGGAGAACGAGGGUCGAGGCGUACGUUUCGUGCACGGCGGUGUUCGAAUGUACAUGAAGCAGGACGCCCCGUCUGCCGAGGUCUGCCGGUGGCGCAUCCAGGCCGAAGGUAUGCCCAUCCUGCAGGGCUAUGUCGGGGAGCCGCGAGUGAUUCAUCUGCACAAGAAAGAGACGCUCCGCCGGCUACUCAUAGAAAUGUUCCCCCGUAUCGUGGGCGACGAGUGGCGCGAGUUUGACGAGAUUGGCGCGCAGGUCCGCGACGUCGGCAUGGGAUGUUGUGUCCUGCGCAUCGAGCCCGACGGCACGGACCCCGAAUUCUCGGAGCGCAUGGCCCUGCCGCUGUGGAAGAGCAUCCACUCGCUCAACCUCAUGCUGCCCAAGGAAGACCGUUCGGCCAUGCUGCUGCGUAUCUUCAACGACACAUCGCCGCUCAUCAACCCGGCGCUGCAAAAGAACAAGGGCAAGGACCAAGCUAACGGUGGAAGUAAGGGCGACGAGCCUGCGCCGGCAGAGGAUGCUACUGCCGCCGGCCAUGACGUGGACUUGGAAGAUUUGCCUACGCCGGAGCCCCUCGAUGAGGAUGCUCCCGCCGCGAUGGAGGCGGAGCCGACGGAGCUUCUGGAGGCAUAAUGCUUGAUUUACAAUGGAAAAGCUUGGAAAUGGGACUGGGUUGUUUUGGGGCCUACAGAUGUACAAUCUUUGCCAUUACGUCGAAAUACAAAUAUAAAAUAUAGGGUC